AUGACCAAAAAUCCACACGAGUUGAAAACAGUUGCUCUUCAGACAGUGUAUUGCAACGCGACUUUCGAUUCAUAUCUGUGUUGGCCGCCCACGCCGGCGGGCGAGGUGGCCAGCCAGCAUUGCCCUCCGGCCCGCUUGAGUGACACCUCCCGUUUCGCGUACCGCCAAUGCGAACCGAGCGGACUGUGGCAGGGCCGGCGGGCGAACGAGUCGAGCGCCGUGGGGUGGACCAACUACACACCCUGCUUCCCGCAAGAGGUUCAAAAUCUCUUCGUAAAGGUCUACGACAACGAACACGUUGCACAGCUAAAGUUCGAAAUAGCACUGCGCACUAGAUACUUGGAAAUCGCUGGCUUCAGUAUAUCACUCGUCGCUUUGUUGGUGUCUCUUUUUAUUUUUUCUUACUACAGGUCUUUGCGCAACAGCCGCACACGGAUCCACAAGAGCCUAUUCAGUGCCAUGGUGCUGCAAGUGUUGAUCAGACUGACCGUUUACAUCGACCAGGCGCUCGUGCGCAGCUGGCGGACCGACCGCGCCGCCAACGACACCGCCGCUCUCAAGGGAAUCGACAAUAUGCCUUACCUAUGUGAAAGCUCGUACAUUCUCCUAGAAUAUGCUAUCACGGUAAUGUUCAUGUGGAUGUUCAUCGAGGGCCUGUACUUGCACAACGUCGUCACGGCGAACGCGCUGCGAGAAGGCAUUUCUCACAUAGUAUACUAUACCACCGGGUGGGGCUUGCCCGUUAUUCUCACGGCAGUUUGGGCUGCGAUGUCUGCACUGCACUACAGGGGAGAAGGGGUCAACACGUGA